AUGGAAACCAUCGACCCCUCCACCGGCCGACCCCUCCCUCCCGACGCAAUCCAAAGAAUCCUCUUCAUCGCUCCCUCAGUUCACAUCUACAACAUCCCCCCUCUAACCAGCACAAAAGGCUACGUAGCCGCCUCCUGGACCGAGAACAACAAUGCUCGCCUGAUCUUCACCGCCCGUCUGCGGGUGCUAGAAACCGCCGUACCUCUGCCCAACAACGCCGAAUCAGUAAAAGCAGAUAUCCUCCUCGAAGACCCUUCGAAUGGUCAACUCUUUGCUGCCGCACCAUACACCACGCCCGAUGUUGUAGAACAAGUCUUGGACUCGUCCCGCUUCUUCGCGAUCAGAGUCCAAGGCGAGGGAGGGCGGAAAGCAGUCUUAGGAAUUGGAUACGAAGAAAGAAGUGAGGCAUUUGAUUUCAGUGUCGCCCUACAGGAAGUGCGAAAAACACUUAAUAUCGAGGAUAAUGGCAAGGCCGGGGGAAAGAAAGUCGUACAAGCUGAGAAACCGGUUGAGAAGAAGGAUUUCAGUUUGAAGGAGGGGGAGACGAUUACGGUCAGUUUUGGCGGCAAGGGAAGGAGGAAUAUUUCGAGCUCGGGUACGAAAGCGGAGUCUACGGGAGGUGGGCUUGGAGGCUUUUCGUUACCUCCUCCUCCUAGGGGCGCUUCGUUGUUGCCACCCCCGCCGAGUGCGCAGGAGGUCAAGGCACAGAAGAGGUUGAGCAGGGAGGCACCGACGAAACCUCUGGAUGAUUUUGGGUUUGAUGAUGGGGAGUUUGGAGAGUUCCAAUGA